CUUUUCGUUUCUCGAAGUUAAGAAUAGGACGCAGUUCUUCUCUCGGCUCUCGCUCUCGUCGGGAGAAAUUUGGACCGGCAAUUCUGUUCCCAAAAAAAAAAAAUCGUACAAUUCCGCAGCCUAACCCUAGUCGACGCGAACCUCCAGCCGCCGGAAGAUGCUGCGACCAGCGGCGGCGGCGGCGGGCAGGGCCAUCCGGCGAGCCGCGUACCACUCCGACGGCGCCCCUCCUCCCCGCAAGCUCCGGGGCCCCCGAUUCAGCCCUCUCAACAGGCACAACCACGAGGUUGAUGCGUUGCUCGAGGAAAUCAAGAAUACGCCGGUUAGCAUGAUUUCCGAUGACUUAAUUAUCAGAACUGUGCGGCAUUCUAUUUUGGCUCGUCAGCAGAUUCUUGUUCAAAAUGUUCUCCGAUCAUGGGUUAUUGCUGCAGCAGUUCUCUCAGGCUAUUGCUGGGGGUACAACAGAGUGGCCAAACGUCCUGUGGCUGGCUCUGAACCACCAACAGAAGAUGAGGUGUAGAGGACUUGACAGUGUUUUCUUUUGGAGAUGGGAGUCUAGAAGUCUGGGAGAAUCAAGAACGUAGUGAACUAAGCAUGUGUCAUAAUCUAUCCUGUGUAUCAGUGACUCUGUGUUAACUAUAACUAAUUAGUCCUAGAGCUAAUUGGUGUGGGGAUUCUGUAAUGAGAGAUCUCGUUCGGUUUGACCUGUACAUGUUUCUCUGGUUGCGGAUUCUGUUGCCGAAACUGAUAUGUGUAAUGGGAGAUCUCUUUGGGUUGAUCUCUGCUUUAUUUUGUUGAGCAAAUUUGCAAGAA